AUGCCCACUAACGGGCAGAACAGCGCUCUGAAGCUGCGCUUCGGGCUCAUCAACCACGAGAGCCGCUACCUGACGGCCGAGGCCUUCGGCUUCAAGCUCAAUGCCUCGGCGCCCAGCCUGAAGCGCAAGCAGGUGUGGACGCUGGAGCAGGACGAGCACGAGGCGCAGGUGGUGUACCUGCGCAGCCACCUGGGCCGCUACCUGUCCUCCGACCAGGACGGGCGGGUGAGCUGCGAGGGGGCGGAGCCGGCCGCGGGCGCGCGCUUCGUGAUCGUGCCGCAGUCUGACGGCCGCUGGGCGCUGCAGUCUCAGCCCUACCUGCGCUUCUUCGGCGGCUCCAGGGACCAGCUCAGCUGCUUCGCCCAGGCUAUCGGGGAGCCUGAGCUCUGGGCCAUGCACCUGGCCCUGCACCCCCAGGCCAACCUGCUGAGCCUCAGCCGCCGCAGGUACGCACACCUGAGCCCGGAGGAGGGCGAGGUGUCUCUGGACGGGAACGUGCCCUGGGGCGUCCGCUCCCUGCUCACCCUGGUGUACCUGGGAGGCCGGUACAGCCUGAAGACCUGCGACAGCCGCUUCCUGAACCACGACGGCCGGCUGCUGCAGGAGCCGGGCCGGGGCACGGGCUUCACUCUGGAGCUGCGCGCCGGCAGGCUGGCCUUUAAGGACUGCGAGGGAAAGUACCUGACCCCCACCGGGCCCUCGGGAACCCUGAGGGCCGGCCGCUGCUCCAAACCCGGCAAGGACGAGCUCUUCGACCUGGAGGAGAGUCACCCGCAGGUGGUGCUCCAAACACCCAACGGGAAAUAUGUCUCCAUCCGCCAAGGGGUGAACAUCUCAGCCAAUCAGGAUGAUGAGACGGACAUGGAGACCUUCCAGAUGGAGAUUGACAGGCAGAGCAGGAAAUGCACCUUCAGGUCCAAAGAGGGACAGUACUGGACCCUGGUCUCCCACGGAGGCAUCCAGUCCACAGCAACAGAAGUGGUGGAGAACACCAUGUUUGAGCUCCAGUGGCUUGGCCGGAGGGUGGCUAUGAAGGCCAGUAACGGGAAAUACGUCUGCACCAAGAAGAAUGGCCAGCUCGCCGCCGUCAGCGACUCUACCCCCUCUCCCCCUCUCUCCCCAGGGGAGGAUGAGCAGCUGAUGUUGAAGCUGAUCAAUCGGCCGAUGUUGAUCCUGCGGGGGGAGAACGGCUUCGUGUGUCACCACCGGGGCUCCAACACGCUGGACGCCAGCCGCUCCGUCUACGACAUCUUCUCCCUGCACUUCAGCGACGGGGCGUACCACAUCAAAGGUGUGGAUGGAAAGUUCUGGUACGUGGCGGGCAGUGGGCUGGUGUGCUCUGAUGGUGAGGUGCCGGAGGACUUCUUCCUGGAGCUGCGGGACCGCGGCCGCAUGGGCAUCCGCACCCAGAGCGGCCAGUACCUGCGCGGAGACCAGGGCGGCACGCUGAAGGCCGACGGGCAGGCCGCCAGGGCCUCCGCCCUGUGGGAGUACUGA